GUUAUUGAAGAAGCACCAAGUACUUUUUUGGAUCCAGCAACACGUAAAGCGAUGGGUGAACAAGCUGCUUCACUUGUUAAACACGUUAAUUAUGUAUCAGCUGGGACAGUUGAAUUUUUGGUGGACGCUCAACGUAAUUUUUACUUCUUGGAAAUGAAUACACGUCUUCAAGUUGAGCAUCCUAUCACUGAGUAUAUUACAGGAGUUGAUUUAGUUGAACUAAUGAUUCGUAUAGCUGCAAACCAAAAAUUGUCGAUAACUCAGGAAGACUUAAAAUUUCAUGGGUGGGCGUUUGAGUCACGUGUAUAUGCUGAAGAUCCGGAAAAAUAUUUGCCAUCUAUCGGGUGUCUUAGUAAAUAUAUAGAACCGCGAAGCUUAAACGAUAAACAUGAAGUCCGUUGUGAUUCUGGUAUCGUAGAAGGGAGUGAGAUCAGCAUAUAUUAUGAUCCUUUGAUUUGUAAACUUUCUACUUAUGGAGAGACAAGAGAUGAAGCCAUUAAUACUAUGCUGAAAGCCUUGGAUUCUUAUGUUAUUAAAGGCGUUACUCACAACAUCCCAUUACUUCGUGAAGUUAUUUCAAGCCAAAGAUUUCAAUCUGGUAAAAUAUCAACCAAAUUUCUUGCAGAAGAAUAUCCGGGUGGAUUUAAGGGUCAUGCUGUCAAGGAUGAAUCAUUACAUGAACUUAUUUCUAUUUCUGCAUUUGUUCAUGCUAAACGUGAUUUGAGAAAUUGGAGUUGGAUAGAUGGAGAAGGGACUUCGUUUAGAAAUAAUUUGAAUAAAAGUGCACCAAAUAAGUGGGAUCUUUGGAUAUCUGUUAAUAAAGAUAUUGAGCCUAUCAACGUAAAAGUGAAAAAAAAAGGCACGAAUGAAGAGGAAUUUGAGAUCAUAAUGCCAAACUAUCCAAGAACCAUAAUAUCAGCUAAGUGGCCAUUGGAAACACCACUGAUUAAUGCUUGUCUCCGCGCUGAUAAUCAAGAAAGUAGGGCAUUAAUAGUGCAAUAUAUCGAUCCUUUACCAGUUGGCUUCCGACUACAAUAUGUAGGUACAAAAUUUGACAUCACAGUUCACAACCAACGGCAGCAUGAGUUGAGUCAGUAUAUGAUUGAAAAACCCAAGGAAGAUUUGUCCAAUUUGAUAUUGAGCCCUAUGCCUGGUAGUGUUGUGAGCUUGGCUGUUCAGGCUGGUGAUCUGGUCGCUGAAGGGACCGAAAUUGCGGUGGUAGAAGCCAUGAAAAUGCAAAAUGUAUUACGUGCUUCACGUGUUAGUAAAGUGAAAAAGGUUAACAUUAAACCAGGUGACGCUGUAGCCGCGGAUGAGGUUCUAGUAGAAUUGGAAGAUGUGAACAAAAACACUUGA